ACAAUCGGAUUACUUGCCAGCGAAGAAGAGCGUGGGCUCAUCACACGUGUUUACAAAUCCACCAGAAGAUAUUUCCUCUGAUUUUUUUUUGGCGUUUCUGUAGCAUUUGCGUCCACAAGCGUCAGCAAGAUGCCGAAAGUUAAAGCGGAGAAGAAAAGCAGGCAGCAUCAGGAAGUUAAAAACCAAGGCAUAAUGUUCAACACAGGAAUGGGCCAGCACAUCUUGAAGAAUCCUCUCGUUGUUAAUAGCAUCAUUGAGAAGGCUGCACUAAGGCCAACAGAUGUGGUUUUGGAGGUGGGUCCAGGAACUGGUAACAUGACAGUUAAACUGCUCGAAAAAGCUAAGAAGGUGGUGGCGUGUGAGUUGGACUGCAGAUUGGUGGCUGAACUGCAGAAAAGAGUACAAUGCACACCCAUGCAGACCAAACUUCAGAUAUUAGUUGGGGAUGUUUUAAAAACAGAACUGCCGUUCUUUGACGUGUGUGUGGCCAAUUUACCGUACCAGAUUUCAUCGCCAUUUGUCUUCAAACUGCUGCUUCACCGACCUUUCUUCAGGUGUGCCGUGUUAAUGUUCCAGAGAGAGUUUGCCAUGCGCCUGGUGGCCCCACCUGGAGACAAACUCUACUGCAGGCUGUCCAUCAACACUCAGCUUCUGGCUCGCGUGGACCAUCUGAUGAAAGUAGGGAAGAAUAAUUUCCGUCCUCCUCCCAAAGUGGAGUCCAGUGUCGUGAGGAUAGAGCCAAAAAAUCCUCCUCCUCCAAUUAACUUUCAGGAGUGGGACGGCCUGGUCAGAAUAGCCUUUGUAAGAAAGAAUAAAACCCUCAACGCUGCGUUCAAGUCGACCGCAGUCGAGCAGCUCCUGGAGAAGAACUACAGAAUCCACUGCUCGGUACACAAUGUGGAAGUGCCAGCAGACUUCAGCAUCACCAAGAAAAUAGAGAGCGUCUUACAGGGAGCAAAAUUCAGUCAAAAGAGGGCCAGGUCUAUGGACAUUGAUGACUUUAUGGUGUAACUCCACAACCAGGAAGUUUCCACUAGACAACUCUGAUGGACUGACAAUGGCCUCUCAGCCAGGUGGCUUAACAGCUCCCGCCCUUUUUUGCAUUCCAAAAGAAUUGAUUCCAUACGUGGUGUGGGGCAUGCUUCUGAGUUUUCCACACAAACACUGGCUUGUGUGUCCUAAGCCUUGUUGCAUGAACUGAUGAAGCCUGCUCGGAUGAGAGGCGAAACAAAACGUCUUCUAAGAUAAACAGAACAUUCCAAUUGCGAUUGAUUCAAUGCCCUGAGAAUGAAAUGACCUGGAUGAAUGAGAAUAUUCACAGACGUCUUUAUAAUUGUUUUGCUAUUUUGUUACAAGUCAGAAUGACUUGCAGGAAUUAUUUUCCAAUACCUCCAAAAAAUAGAGAACUCUAUAUUCUUAUUUCAGAAU